AUGGUUGCUAACCCACGAGAGAGAUACACUGCUGGUAGAUAUUUGAAGCAAUUGAAAGACGAACAAUUGGAAUCGAAUUUAACGAGUAUUUUCGCAAAAUUGAGAAAUACGGAUCAGUUUUGGCGACAACCAUCCAAUAAUGUAAAAUGCAUGACUCUGCAUUACGGCCCGGCGACGUGGUUUUUGACUUUGAGUCCUAGUGAAUGGAAAUGGUCCGAUUUGGGUGAAUAUUUACGAGACAUGAAUCCCGAUAAAAAAAAGUUGUGCAUCAGUGAACUAAUCGCAUAUGAUCCUGUAAGCACGUCUAGAUUCAUGUGCAUAAAAUUCAAAGCCAUGAUUGAUUUUAUUUGUUCGACCGAUAACCCAAUAGAAGAGGUUAUUCAUUACUUCUGGCGACUAGAAUAUCAAACUAGAGGUAUCCAGCACAUGCAUUGCAUGAUUUGGAUAAAAGAUGCUCCUGUGCUGGGAAAAUCGCCAGAUGAAGAAGUAGCUACGUUCAUUCAAAAAUACGUUACGUGUGCAAUUCCAGAUGAAAACGUUUCGCCAACAUUGUACGAAACGGUUAUAAGUGAUCAGAAUCAUAAACAUAACUCGUAUUGCAUGCGUACAAAAAAAACCAAAACAAAUAUUUACAAAAAGUGUCGGUUCGAUUUUCCUCGGCCAGUUACUAAAAAUUUCAUUUUAAGAGACGUCGUCACUUCGAUAGUGGGUAGAAAAAAUUUACGCGGUAAGAGCAGAUUGUACGAUCUUCCUCGCAAGAAGUCGGAAAGGUUUAUCAAUGAUUAUAAUCCGGCUAUCAAAUUGGCUUGGGAGGGAAAUAUGGACAUACAAUUUAUUGGAGAAAAGUCAGAGUUUUUAAACUCAUAUUUAACAAAAUAUACGACAAAGUCGGAAAAAUGCAACAUAGACUUUGCAAUGAUAGAUUCCAAUAAGCCCUUGGCAUCGAAACUGUGGAAUUUUGCGAUGCGUUCUUUGAAUAACAGAGAAUGCGGUGCUUUAGAAGCUGCGGAUACACUAUUAGGGAAUCCCUUGUACGGUACGGAUACCAUUGUCAAAUGGAUCGACGUCAAUGAGGUGAGAAACAGAAAAGUUAAAACGUUCAAUGAAAUUGAAGCUCUCGAUGAAAAUUCUACGAAUAUCUAUUGUCCGUCGCUCAUCGAUGACUACUAUCCAAACAGACCUAAGGAAUUAGAAUCAUUAAAUUUGUAUGAUUUUGCCAGAUUCUGGGAAAUUACGAAACGGAUGCCAAAAAGUGAGGAAAUCGAAUAUUACGAACUGUACUUUUACUCGCUACUUCUUCUGUUCAAACCAUGGAGAGAUUUGAGUGAACUCAAAGGUACAUGGGAGACUUACACGGAUGCCUUUAAGAAUUCAGAGUCUGCUUUAACGAAGGCAAUGAAAUAUCAUGAAAGGCUCGAAGAAAUACAAAAAGCUUUUGAAAACAUUGCUGAAUUAAUGGAGAAGCGCGAAAAUGAUCUGAAAACGGCAGACGGAGACAAAUUCGAUGACGAUGAAUUGGAUUGUCAUCCGAUAGAAGCUGACGGCGCGAUGAAAGAUUUGGAAGAUUUUGGCAAGAUUGACGUGCCGAUUAAUUUACCGCAAAUGAUGUCGCGAUUGAACGAAGAUCAGAAAAGAGUCUUCGACAAGGUAUGUCAAGUUUUACAAAAUAAAAAUCAGAUUCUGCGAUUGUACGUAAGUGGCGAGGGUGGUACAGGGAAAAGUUUUCUUAUUGAAACGAUCAAACAUUGGAUCAGAAUAAAUUUGAAAAAAGCGACUGCGAUAUCUGCUCCCACGGGUAUCGCAGCAUUCAAUAUCGAUGGCUUGACAAUUCAUAGAAUGUUUCAGUUGCCCGUCACUCAUGAAUCUACGCCAAAAGUCGACGGCGAUGAAAUUCUAUUGAUAGUGGAAGAUGAUGUCGACUGCGGUCCAGCAAUGAAAAAAAAAGUGCAAAAAACCCUGGAAGACAAAGAUGACAAAGUUUCGGAAACAGCUGGUAUUGAAAGAGUUAUAGCGAUUAAAAUUGGCGCUAAAGUGAUGAUUCGACGAAACAUUGGGACGUAA